UCCCGUGGCGAACAGUCGUGUCGUUCGCAAAGAGCCCGCUCUCUUCCACGCUUUCGACGCGCCACUCUCGACUCGCUGUUACUACGAAUACACAAGGUCAGCGUUCUUCAACGUCCAUGUAGACCACAAGAAGCGCAUUCUAAACUGCAAAAUGCAGGGCGUCGUGCGACGCGUCCGGCAAGUGGACUGGGUGCGCGUCCGACGAGACGGCCACAACCUCUUUACUAAACUCAUACGCACCCGAGAUCCCAGGGAUUCGGAUAACCAAGAGUUAGCCGUUCCCGGAAGGCAACGACUUGAACGAUGCCUGACGACGACUGAUCUGACGUCCCUAGGCGUGGGUUCUUGUGUGGGCACAGGCAUGUACCUGGUGUCCGGGAUGGUAGCGCGGAAGUUUGCUGGCCCUGGUGUGAUUUUCAGCUUCAUAAUCGCAGCAGUCGCCAGCAUCUUCUCAGGUGCGUGUUACGCCGAAUUUGGAGUUCGAGUUCCCAACACCACUGGAUCCGCUUAUAUGUACUCCUAUGUCACUGUCGGGGAAUUUGUCGCCUUUGUCAUCGGUUGGAACAUGGUCUUAGAAUAUCUGAUCGGUACAAGCGCUUGCGCUCGCGCACUCAGCGCCUGCUUCGACUCUCUAUGCGACGGAGCCAUCUCCCGCUAUCUGGCUAAGAACGUCGGCACUGUCUUUGGAAAACCCCCGGAUUUUGUGGCUUUUGGCAUCAGUAUCGGCAUGACUUUGGUCCUCGUGGCUGGAGUGAAGAAGUCGCUGUUUUUCAACAAUGUCUUGAACGCUAUCAACCUGAGCGUGUGGGUGUUCAUCAUGACUGCCGGUCUGUUCUACGUAGACCUGUCAAACUGGACUGAGCAACCAGGGUUCCUGCCAUUUGGAUGGACUGGGGUGUUCAGUGGGGCUGCGACUUGCUUCUACGCAUUUAUCGGAUUCGACAUUAUCGCGACAACGGGGAUGGAGGCCAACAACCCCAAGAGGUCCAUCCCUCUGGCCAUCGUGCUGAGCCUGGGCAUCAUCCUCCUGGCCUACGUCAGCAGCUCAAUGAUGUUGACAUUGAUUGUGCCGUCCAACGAAGUGGAUACUGAUUCGGCCCUGGUGCAAAUGUUUUCGUACGUCCACGCGCCGACAUGCAAGUACAUCGUCGCCAUCGGAGCCCUGGCCGGCCUGACUGUCUCCAUGUUCGGGUCCAUGUUCCCCAUGCCUCGAGUUGUCUACGCCAUGGCCCUGGAUGGACUUAUUUUCAAGCAAUUGGCGAUUGUCUCGGAGAUCACCGGCACCCCUGCUCUUGCGACCAUCUGCGGAGGAAUCGCGGCCGCCUUCGUGGCGUUGAUGGUCCAACUUGAGGUCCUGGUCGAAAUGAUGAGCAUCGGUACCCUGCUGGCGUACACCCUAGUGUCCACCUGCGUGCUGGUGCUACGCUACCAGCCUCAUUCCACCAACCUGAUCGAGCUGCUUCCGCAGAGUCUGAGGACGCCCGUCGACCCUGAGGGAACGGCCUCUGCCAACCGUGAGACCUCCUUUACCCGUACUGCAGCGGUCUUGCCGUCCACAAGCCAACACGUGAUGGUCCGUCGCGUCACUAGAAGCUCUCCCGACUCUGACGAAAGUGUUGCUGGUGAUGAGAGCGAGGAAUAUGGACGUGAUGACGCUUUCCUGAUCGACAAUAACGCUGAAAACAAGUUCUAUGGCGCUGUUCCCGGCGGGUCCGGGAGUAACACCAUGUGUACCCGCUUCUGUGACGCCGUCUACAGGCAGGUCCAGGCCAGGUCUUAUAUGUGCCCCGGCCUCUUCCCCUGGGUCGACCCCGGACCCCCCACUGAACAAACUGGUUAUUUCGUGAUCAAGGCAGUCGGCGUGAUGUACGUGAUUGUGGUUACCUUCGACCUGAUCGCGGCUUACGGUACCCCAGGCUCGAUCUUCAACAGGGUUAUGAUGACGUUGCUCUUCAUCAUUGUGAUCUUCAUUCUGCUCCUCAUCUCUAGGAAACCACAAAAUCGCCAAAAUCUGAUAUAUGCAACACCCGGCGUGCCCUUUGUGCCCUCCACCGCUAUUCUGGUCAAUAUCUACCUGAUCUUGAACCUCUCCGUGUUGACUCUGGUCCGCUUCACCAUUUGGAUGACUUUUGGCCUGGUGAUGUACUUCAAAUACGGCAUUAGGAACUCGACCUUGGAGACCCACCCGCCAUUGCCCCCGCCGCCGACACCCCCCAGGCCUAACGUUCUCGAACGCACCACGCUCCCCCCUCCGGACCCACAGCCGUCACGACCCACUGGCGACCGCAACAUUUUCGAGGGAGAUGGCAACAACGGUGGACUGUAUGGCAACUUUGAUUACGGAACUGACCCGCUCCUGGCCUGGCACGAGACUGAACUGCACCCGGUGCCUUCCGGCAGCCGCGUCAUCAGCGGCACCAUCGCUACCCCCUACUACUCCCAGGUGGAGACCCGCUACAACGAAAGGACCAACCGCACCACCUCCCACACCAGCCGCCGACCCCCAUGGGCCUACCCUGACUCCACUUUUGACUCCUGGAGGAACUAAACACCUGAGUCAAACCAUACUGAGAUCAAUGAAGAUCCAAAGAUCCAUAACACACGAGUCCACUUGUGACCGGUAUUAUUCAGAAAUCUACUUCUUAUUAUAUAUUUAGGUAUUUUUAGUUAUUUAUAAUCGUAAACUUCUGAUCUUAGUUUUUAAUUUUUAAUGGAAUGCCCAACAUUUUUUAGGUAGGUAUAACAUCGUACUUUUAUAAAAUUAUAAUAACGAAAGGGAAUACCAUGCACAUAUUUUUACACGAUUGCCCAAAAAAGGAGUAUUUUGUGAGUUCAUAUCAGUCUUUAGUCAGUUUCCUUAUACAUUACGAUGGUCCCUUAAAUUUCAACUGUUUAUAUCAAUAUCAUUUUAAUUCACUAUUUUACAGGUAUAUUUAAACAUGUGAGAUUUCAAUUUCGUGCAUAAGUAUUUCCUGUUUGUGAACAGCAUCAUCUCAAAGUAUAAUUUCAUUACAUACUAGUGAGUAGUACAAUUAAAGUACUUAUGAAAUCUUAUUUCAGUACUCAUCAUUUGUGCGUGUAGAUUUCUGAAAACCGUACCUAUAUCUUAUAAUCAAUAUUUAAUGUUUAAAUGUGUAGUGACAGUAGGUGAUUCAUGAAAUUUGCCGUUUACAUUUUGAUCAAUAAACAUAUUUACAAUUAGAUGUAAACUCCGUUUGUUCUUACAAGUCUACAACAAAUGAAUGUAAACAAUCGUAUCACGUCUUUUUAUAAUUUUAGAGCUACAAAAAGUUGGCUUUUAAGGAAUUUUUUUUCGUUGUAAAAUAAUGUUUUCUCAAUAUCCAAGUUUGAACUAUUAUUAUAUUUAUUUUAUUACAAAUUCAACAAUGAGUAUUGUGAAGUUAUUUACAAGUUAAUGGGACUCGUAAGAAAAAAUGAAGCGUAGUAGACGUUAUAAAUGAAAUACAAAAUGUUAAAAAAAAAACAAAAAAAAGUACGAUUAAUUUCUCAGACCACAAAAUAGUAAAAAACUAAAAAAAAAAAUAUCUCAAACCUUACUCCUCUUAAACAUUUCAAAAUGACUAUGAAUAACUUACUAAGCGCGAUGAAGACAAUUGGCACAAAUUAUAAAAAAAAAUCAUUUAAAUGAGUAGUGUCUAGGUUGGCUUGGAUUUGUUGAAAGAAUGUGAAUGACGAUUUAUUUUUGGAUGAUACGUGAUAAGAUUCGUAGCUAGGAAACAAUUCGACGAGAGCAGCGUCCAUGGACGCUUCACGAGGGCGAAAAUUUUGACAAAAAUUAGAUAUUUAACCAAUUAAAAUCUAAAUGGUUGGUGCUUUAUAUAUAUAUACACCUACCUAACUUUUAUACCAACCAUUCAGCACAAAAUUAUUUGUUGUUUAUUUUUUUAUAUCAAAGGCUCAAAAUUCGACUUUUAUCUAAAAAACAUAUCAAGAGAAUUCUCUAAACUGACUACUUACAAUAAAUUAAAUAAAGACUAAAUUUUCUUCAUUUCUGUGCCUCUGUUUUAAAAUUCUAUUGACUUUGCAAUUGUAAGCUAAACGUGCUUAUAAUAUCUAUAUCUAUAUUUCAUGUAAUGUUUGUUGUUUCCCGUUAAAAGUUUACUUUUGUUUCAGUUACGAAAUAGUUGAAUUUACGUCAAUAUAUUGAAUUGUUCGGUAGAUAAUUUAAUAUCUAAUAAGAAUAAGUAUUGUGUAAUCUGUUGUAAUAUUUAUUAGAAUACAUAACAUUAUUCCAUUAAAACGUCAAAAUUAUAAUAUUGACUUUUGAGCGCCAUGAAGUACACAUGAAUAAUAUAAAAAUAUGUAUUCUAUAACUAAAAAAAUAUUAAUCUAGGUUAGCCGGGCCUGCCUCGCAGGCUCGCGAUCCAACUAACUAAUGAGUUUAGUAUUUCCAACACCGUUUGAGAACAUCUCUCACGUUAUACAUUCGAUACGUAGAUUUAAUGAUUAAGAUUUAGUAGUUUAACGUUUCAGGAAAAUAUUGAUGUUCUACAACAUAUAACAUAGCUGUAAGACAAACCUUGGUCAUGUUUCUGGCCCUUUUCAUUAUUGGAACUAAUGGAAAUAUUUUCAAAAUUUUUCUUUACUGAUUUUUUUAAAUAGAUAAUUCGUACGACGGUCAAAUAUUAUUUUCAUGUUUCAUCUACUUAUUCUCUUUAAGGCCUAAAGCAUAUUAUAAAAGGAAUACCUAGCUAGAAAUUCAUUAAGUAUAUUUUUUUAAAACCUUUCUUUUGUCAUCUUUAUAGAAUAAAUCUGUUGAACAAUAAUUAGAUUUAGAAUUUUAAUAUUUAUUUUAAGACAAACGCAUAUAAAAACAAUGCAUAUCGUGUAUUAAUGGGGUACCUAUUUUAAACAAAAAUAAAAGUGUACAGUCACCAAUACAAUAAUAUUAUCAAUAUUUUUUAUCUCCAAGAUUUCAAAAGAUACCUAUUUAUUGUAAACUCAAACAACACUAUCACCGAGUCUAGUCUUCCUAAGUAUGAACUUGUUAAUUUCAUUGGCCCCUGAAUCGUUAAUUGAAAGCUUGUCAGAGAUACAGAGCUACGGUACUGACCCCGUUGGACAUAAUUUUAUUGGGCCAUGAAUAUUUCCAACAUGUUAUAUUCACCAUAAAAUAAACUAAUAAUAAUAGUGAUUUACAAGAAAUAUGUGUUAUACAUUUUAGCGAUGAUUCUCUAAUCUUAAAACUAAUUGUGCUUGGAACUGUUUUGUUUAAUUUGCGUUUUGUUAAUGUUUAUGAUAUUAUUCUCAUAAGAUAUUCUAAUUGAUGUGAUAUUUUAUGUAAUACUGAACUAUACUUACUUCAUAUUUCUUCUCUAAUAUACAUUUUUUUAAGACUCUUCAUUUGGUUAAGUAUUUUCUACAUAUAGACACUAAUUUCGAUUAGUUAUAUCUAAACAAGAAGUUACAAUGAAAAUAUUAUUUUUUAGUUUAGAUAGUAAGACGUUGGACGAUAUAUUAUAAACCCGCAGCAUUAUCACAUUAUCCGGUGUUCUUGAUAGAUGCUCCAAUUUGAGUUCAAAGUUUAAAACAUACACGACUCCAGUACAGCCGUCAGCUUACCCGACUAAAAACGCGCCAUUCCCUUCGCACAGAUAUUGUACCUUUACGGGAUUACUUUCGUAAUUUAGGAAAUAUUAGUAGUUAAAUUACAUUACAAUUACAUACAUCCCGCAUACAUUUUUUUUUCAGUCUUGUGUAUCGGAUAAUAUGAAAACGCUUCUCUAUGAAAUGUAACCAAAAUGAAUUAUUAAAAAAGCGGAAAUUAAGUAAGUUUGUAAGAACAAGUUAUAAAUAAUAAAAAAAUAUAACAUUAUUUAAAAUGUACAAGCAAUCAGUGUACUGUAUAUUGCUUGCUAUACAUUACAGGGCCAUCUCUGUAUAAUAUUGUUUCGGCUUUUAAAGUUGGCCCUAAAUAAUGAUUAAAAAACAACAAAAAGGAUUAUGUAUCUUACAGUCCUUUUUGAGUGACCUAAACUGAUACACCACAUUUUAUGAAAUGAAUAUGUAAGGUUAAUAAAUAUAUUAAUAAUGAAUAGGCCUUAUUGGUAAAAUGUUAUUGUUGUUUAAAUUACUAAGAAAUCGUUGUAGGCCUUUCAGAAGAAAUCUUAUCGGAUUACGAAAAAACUUGCCUCAAUUGAAGUCAUCAAAAAUUUUUAAAGCAAAAUUUCCAAUAUUACUUAAUUUUACUAAAGAGUAUUUAAUCGAACUUCGUUUGGAUAAACCAAUCGAAACCUAAAUCAUGGUAUUGAAAUGUAUACAAUCAUUUUUAAAGAGAAACUAAAAAAAUUAAGAUGAAUAAAAUAUCUGAAACUAUAUAAAAAAUUAAAACAUUUCAAAAACGCUCUGCGUUAGGAGAAAUGAAUUAAUUACAUAAAUAUAAACAAUUUUAUAAAGACAAUAUUGUCGAGUUUUAUCUAAAAAUUAAGUCUGUUUAACAGUCCGAUGCAGCAUUUUAGUUCAUCCUAUAGCUGAGCUGAUUUCUCAAUGUAGAAAGUUAAUGUUUUAUUGUUAUGAACUAUUAUUAAGCCUAUUUAAAAUGUUGUUCUAUCUUAGCGUAUAUGGAAUCUUAAUAUGUAAGAAAAAUGCUGACGUUUGACCUAAAUUUUCUUACUGAAAGUAGUGACAACUUUGAUACCUGUAUAGUAUGUGUACUUUACAUAUUUUUCAUUUAUAAUAAAUUUGUUAUAAUUUAAACAACUUUUUACCCUACAAUACUUGUGUUGAUUUAACAUUACUAAGCCUACAUGAAUACAUAUUUAUAUACGAUUUAUACCUAUAUAUACAUCAUUAUCUAAGUAAUUAUUAAAAGACACGUAUCUUAUUAUUUUUUUGAACGAGCUUGUGUUAACAAUAAAUAAAUAAAUUAAAAAACAAAUAAAUAAUGAACUAUGACGAUAUUUUAAGGAUGGACAUUAUUCAAGUUUUAAAACUAUAUUUACUGCAAAUUAUAUCAAUAAAAACAAUAUAAAAAAGAAUCAUACAUAAAUUAAUUUUCAUACUUAUUUAAAUAUAUUUACAAAAAUUUGAAACAAAUUUUAGAUCUAUUAUCAAUAUAUAGAAAUUCGAUAGAUAGAAAAUGAAAAAACAAAUCGGGAUUUACAGAAAAAUAACCGUAUCUGAAAUGGGAAAUAAAAUACUAUAAGUAAUUUAUGACAGUUAAAUCAAAUCAUACUUAUUUUAGGAAAUUGUUAUGUUUACUUAGAAACAUUAGACAAGAUGAUUCUGGAAAAUUUCACAGCGUUUGUUUAUUUGUAAUGUUUUUUAUACAUAAAUUUAUACACAUUAUACAUAUAUAAAAGUAAAAAUAAUGCGCAAUAGCAGACUUAUUUCUAGGAGAAAGUGUGUUAUUUUAUGAGAAUAGUUUUUGCAUAAUAUUUUAUUGAAAUGUGGGAUUACCUAUGGGAUUAUACUUAGUGUUAUACCAACGAGGCUCUGUUUAUCCUUUGUUGAAUAUAUGACAUCUACUCGUUUACAUAUUUAUAUACAUAUAUAUAUAUAUAUGCCAAUGUUUAAGUUCGAAAAAAAUAUUAGUUUAUUCAAUUCCAAUAUUAAUGAACGUAAGAAGAACAUGUUUAAUGCUUAAGUGUUAGUAACUAAAUAAUAAAUAAUCUGUGGGUUUUGAGAUAAGACGUAAUAAAGAUGUAUUAAUCAAGACUUAUCUAUAUAAUUGUUUUAUGUAUCCUUCGAGAUCUUGUCCCUUUUGACAGUUAUAAUUCAAAGACAGGAAAUACCCCAUUGGAAAAACCGUAGAAUAUAUUGAAGAUUAACAGAAAUGAAAUCUAAAAAGGUAGUCUUUAUUAGACCGAGUACGAAAAUUCUAUAAUAUCGUUAUAGUAACCGUAUUUGUAAAACAGAUUUGUAACCCUUUUAUCCUUAUGGAACACUACAAAAAAUCGCACACUGAAACCAGCCUUAAGUUUACAGUCAUAAGAUUAAUUUUUAAGUGAUAGUGAAGUGGGCUAAAGAUAGAAAGCCUGGGAACAGAUGUCCGUCUCCUCUUCUAAUAAAGAGAAAGAAAGAGAGACGAGUAAAAAGAGAAGUGCUAUUUCCAGUAAUCCGUUAUAACGUUUUUAUUUAUGAACAAAUACGUUAACCUUAACGAUAGAAAGAAAAUUUGUGCAUGUUCAAAUUCAAAUAAUUUAUUCAGAAAUUAGACCUUCACAGGCACUUUUUCUCGUCAAUUUUUAUAUUUAUAGUUAUUUCUCACAAGCUACAAACUACUGGCAUUUCGGAACGACCACUGCUGAGAAGAAAUGCCGAAAGAAACUCAUUUGAACAGUGUUGGUCCCUAUCAUGCCAGAUCGGCUUACCAUUAAUUGUCUGUCAUAUAUUGGGAAUCUUGUCGCCUGUUUAAAAUACACAUACCUAAAUUUAAAAAGUAUAUAAAACAACCAAGUUUCAGAUGGCAUUGCUUUUGACAUGAAUAAUUUUGUAUUUGCGUUUCUGCGCUAAAGUUAGUGAUCUUUUUUAGAUCUAGAACCAAAGUAAGGCGACAAUGCUCCCUAUUCAUAAAUCUUAAUAGUAAAAAUAAUAGCGAUUACUGUGGUAAUUACUACCUAUCGUCCUCACCAUGUCUACCAUAUACCUAAAGUUCCAUAGUCUAUGUGUAGAGGGAACGAUGAUAGCCUUCGUUAAUUAGUGGAGUUUCCCAAGUAGGAGUAAGAUGUAUCAUCAACAAAUUGGGCCUUCAAGCCGGAUCUAAAACAAUCAAUUUCGAAGUACAUAAAGACUGUUGUGAUUUUUUAGUUAUUCCACCUGAACCUUGGCGUAAAGGAUUGAUUUUGAAAUUACUUUAAUGCAUAAGAAAAUAUACAGAUUCACAAAUAAUAAUAAAAAUACUAGCAACGGCGGAUCCCGUCAAUUUCCGAACAGCAGUGUCAAUUUUCCAGUGAAUACCAGUGAUUUUUUUAUUUAAAAAAACACUGGUAUAAAUAUAAAAAAUCUGCCUUAUAUCGUCGAAAAUAUAGUAUACCAUAGACAUUACCAUACAUAUUACCACUAGUUCACGAAAGGUAUCAUAAGAGAUAGUACUUGAUUGCCAUAAAAAAUCGUAAAGAGCUGUCAAAACGGACAUAGGGCGCCCUUUCAUGUUUUGCAGAAACAAUGUACUUUUGGACUUCUGUCGCAGUCGCAGCCAACAAAUUCUAAAAGUUGAAGCUGAUCUACGCAGCUACUAACCAUUUCAUAACACCAAACUUCAUGCUUUCUAAAGGUGCAUCAACGUGAUAGUUAAAACAACAAAAUUUCAACGACGUUUUCAUGUUAUUUACGCAAAGAAAAAUAAUAUCAAUAAGUAAAAAAGCCAAAAAGUUUCAUUUGUUUCGAUCGAACUAUUGCUAGUCUAAUGCUUAUUGGUAUUGAAUGGUAUUUGUAUGUCUAGUGCGUCGAAAUAGAUUGGUUAACCGAACUAGUGCCACUAGACGAUUUUAACGAGUGGGCUGUGACAUAAUACCUAUGUGACAUAAUACUUAAACGAGUGCAAUAUUUGGACAAUUAAAAUCAUACUGAAAGCAAAACAAUGAAGUGCGUCCUGUUAUUUAGAUUUCAUAGUAUAUGCAUGUAUCUUCUAUAGAUACCUAUUAUUAGGAAUAUCUGUGUUAUUUAUUGGCUAUCUCUAUUGUAAGUUCCGAAUUGUAGAGGCGGUGCGCAUUGUGUGAUGUUGUAUGUUCAUUGAGUAGUCCCAGUCUUCAAAGCUGGGACCGAGUGUAUUGACGAGAAGUAAUGAAGAGAUCGAAAAAGCAAUGUGAUUGUGAUAAACCUAAUUUUGUGCUUUUGCUGGGAUGUAAGUGUAUAUGUGUGCUGUAUGUAUUCGAAGUUGAAAUAGCAUUAGUGUCGCCAUUGUUAAAAUGAGAUAGAGAGUAGUGCGGCGAGAUGUGGAGGCAAUGUACCUGUGUGAGUACGUUGUCUAGGUGUGGGACAGGAGACAAGGGCGAGAUGGGCUCACCUCACUACGGGAAAGGUUAAUGUAGGUGUAUGCUUUUGAUGACUCGUGAUCUGAUUACAGACUUUUUAAUAGAACAAAGCAAAAAUUGAUUUCGCAAUACAAAAAACACAAGAAUCCAAGCGCGCUUUUUGGUGCAUAGCUACAGACAAUGCAAUAACGAAAAUUAAAACAGAUUAAUUUAUUGAUUAAUGAUAAAAUAUCACUAAAUUAAUCUAACUGCCUAAUUAAAGUGAUUUGACAUUACUAAAUUUAAUACCUACUAAGUUUUUUUUUUCUAAGUAUAGCAAAAGUUUGAAAUCACUUUUUUAUAAAAGCCUACCCUAAAAAUUUCGAUCGAUAUUCCAAGGAUAUUUCUUUGAAUUUUUUAUAAUAGUAUAUACUAAGCAAUAAUUUUGUUACAAUAAUAUAAUGUUGAGGCUUGUAUGUAGCGAGGCCUUAUGGUGUCUCACUUUUGGACCAAAGGAAUUUGCUAUUCGACGUAGCCUCUGCGAUUCGGAACACAUUUUUUGUGAUAUGUAAACGAUUUUAGCGUAAGUUUAACCAAACUGUAAUAGAAUGUUUAACAAAUU